AUGCUUCGCCCUCCUCUUUCUUCCCUACCCCCCCCCUGCCCUCCGCCCCCUUUCCCUCCGUCUGCCACCCCUCCUGCCCUCCGCCCCCUUUCCCUCCGCCCCUCUGCCAUCCCCCCUGCCCUCCGCCUCCUUUCCCUCCGCCCCUCUGCCUCCCCCCCUGCCCUCCGCCCCCUUUCCCUCCGCCUCUCUGCCACCCCCCCUGCCCUCCGCCCCCUUUCCCUCCGCCCCUCUGCCACCCCCCCUGCCCUCCGCCCCCGCGCAUGCCGUGCUCGCCAGGGCCUUCUGCGGCGUCGACUCUCUCACACAGGUCAGGGGGCAGGGGGGGAAAGGGCAGGUCAGGGCGGGGCAGGGGGGGAAAGGGCAGGUCAGGGCGGGGCAGGGGGGGAAAGGGUGGGUCAGGGCGGGGCAGGGGGGGAAAGGGAGGGUCAGGGCGGGGCAGGGGGGGAAAGGGCGGGUCAGGGUGGGGCAGGGGGGGAAAGGGAGGGUCAGGGCGGGGCAGGGGGGGAAAGGGCGGGUCAGGGCGGGGCAGGGCGGGAAAGGGCAGGUCGGGGCGGGGCAGGGGGGGAAAGGGCGGGUCAGGGCGGGGCAGGGGGGGAAAGGGCGGGUCAGGGCGGGGCAGGGGGGGAAAGGGAGGGUCAGGGCGGGGCAGGGGGGGAAAGGGCGGGUCAGGGCGGGGCAGGGCGGUUCAGGGCGGGGCAGGGGGGAAAAGGGCGGGUCAGGGCGGGUCAGGGCGGAGGGCGGGCUCAGCAGCGGUGGAGCUGGCUCUCGUCGUCUACCACUCGCACGGCUCCUUCUCAGGUGCGCCCUUCUCAGGUGCGACCUUCUCAGGUGCGCCCUUCUCAGGUGCGCCCUUCUCAGGUGCGCCCUUCUCAGGUGCGCCCUUCUCAGGUGCGCCCUUCUCAGGUGCGCCAACUUCUAUCAUGGAUGCAGCGUGAGCCCUUCCCAGGUGAGGCGUCCUUCUCAGGUGAGGCGUCCUUCUCGGGUGAGGCGUCCUUCUCAGGUGAGGCGUCCUGCUCAGGUGCGGUGCCCUUCUCAAGCGCACUGCAUUGCCCCUGCUGGGUGCAUGCCAACCCCCUUUCCCCUCCUCCUCUUCCCCUUGCAGCCUCUCAACCCUUCCACACACCCUGCACUCGCGCUUCUUCAAACGCCCUCCUCCACACUCCAUCACACACCUGCCACACCACACUCUCCCUGCACCGCCCUCUUCACAUCCUUCUCCCCUCCUCACUCAGCCUCCUCUCGAGAGGGACCAUUCAAGGCGAUGCAAAGCCAUCUGUGCUCUCCUCCCUCUCUCCUCCGCUCGCCGCCAUCCACCUUCAUCCCCGUCCCCCACCCUGCCAGCCUCGCUGCUGCAGCAUACGCCCUUCACGGCACCACCUGCCGUCUUCCUCUCGUAGCUCGACAUGCUCUCCUUCUCGGGGGGCGGCGCUGCUGACGCUGCCGUUGCUGAGGGCCUCUCAGAGGCGCUGCUGCCAGAUGCUGUGCCCCACAGCAGCCCCAACUGCCACGCCACCAGCGGGCCUGGAGCGCCACAAGCACGUGGUUCUCGUUGCUGCCUCGCCGCCCCACCGCCUGUCCACCCCCGUCGUCAAGCCGCCCCUGCCCACCGCCCCAUGUGCUGCUGAUGGGGGUGCCAGUGGUGGGCCCAGCGGGGGCGCGCACACAUGGGAGGCAGCAGCGUGGUGGUUUGCGUCUGCCCCCAUGGUGGCCUCGCUCUUCGCCCACCCCCAGGCCCUCCUUCCCUCUGCUGUGGCACCAUCGCAUCCCAUCACUUCACUCCAACCGUGCACUCCGUCCGCAUGUCCCCAACCGUGCACUCCGUCCGCAUGUCCCCAACCGUGCACUCCGUCCGCAAAGCGCAGCCCUAGGGCGGCGGAACCUUCGACGGACACAGCCCGGCAGCACCCCCACCACGUGGCACUCAUUGCUGAGGGCUUCCUGGAGGCACGCACCGUGCUGCACCGCGCUCCACCACCCAAUGAGGGCCCGCCACAUGGCGCACAGGCGGUGGGCCCCUCUGCUGGUGGAGGAGGAGGAGGGCCUGGGGCGGGGGCUGGUGGUGUGCCUGCGGUGGCGAUGGCGGGUUCAGUAGGGCGACUGCCACAACAACCGGGGCCGCCCAUGGGUCAGCAGGCAAAGCAGGAGCCCGUGUAUCCCGCAGCACCACAACAGCCUCUUGCCAGGCCUGCUGCUCCCUCCCCCUCCCCCUCGCAACCCCUGCGCGCCCACCAGCCCCCUUCUGCUGCGGCAGGGGCUGGGGGCGCUUCUCUGGGCGGGGGGGGUGUGGCGGUGGGGUUGGGGGCAGGGCAACCAGGUGCUACUGCUGGUAUCACCACUGGUGCUGCUGGCGGUGCUGCUUCUGCUGCUCCUGCGGCGGUUGUGGGCCCAGGGCCAGCAGCACCCAUGCCCUCUCUUCGCACCACGAGCCCCAGCCCGCAGUUCUUCCCCUCCCAGCAGCAGCAGCAGCAGCAGCAGCAGCAGAAGCCACCACAGGCGUAUCAGCAGUUGCUUCCGCAGCAGCAGGCAGCACAGCAGCAGCCGCAGCCGACAGGGGUGGCUGUGCCGGCAGGGGCGAGGCUGCAAGAAGGCAUGGCAGGGCAGCAGGUGGGUGCUGCGGGGAUGGGACCAGCUGGGGGUAGCGCUGCUGCGGGGGCACUGCCUGGUGCUGCUGCAGGCACGGCUGCUGCUGUUGGAGGGGCGGGGCGAGUGGCAAUGGGUGGUGGGGCUGGUGGGGUGGCGGGAGUGGCAGCAGCAGGAGCGAUGCAGCAGCCUGGAGUGCCCCUGCAGGCACAUCAGCAGCAGCAGCAGCAACCUUCUCAGAUGGUUGUUGGCCCUGGAGGCCGCAUGAUGCCUCGUGCCGCACCUGUAGGCAUGGCAGCGACAGGAGGAGGAGCAGCAGGAGCACCUACAGCAGGUAUGGGUGCAGCCAUACCAGCAGCCGUUCCCGGACCUCAGAUGGCGAGGCCUGGAAUGCCCAUACCUGCCGGAGGCCCGGGAGGAGCAGUUGUUGGCAUGGCAGGCCGCGGAGGACCAGGUUUGGCUGCUUCCCAGCCAGGCCUUGCCCGUUGGCUGGCACCAGGUCGGGGAGCAGGCCCGGGAGCAGGUCCGGGAGUAGGCUCGGUAGCAGGUUUUAUGGGGCGCGGAGGUCUGGGAGUGGCAGCAGAGGCGGUGGGGGAUUCAGGGGGGGGUGCAGCAGCAGCAGGCAUGGGUGGGCGUGGGGUGGGCCUGCAGCAGGGCAGGGCGGGGCAGACAGCAGUGGUGGGUGGUGGGGCGGGCAUGGGGAUGGGGAUGGGGGGAGCAGGUGGAGCAGCAGCGGGGCCGAUGGUGGGGGGGCAGGCCGGCAUGGCAAGGCGUGUGGCAGGGGGCGUGCAGCGAGUGGGUGUGGGGCAGGGUGUGCCAGGGCAGGGUGUGCCAGGGCAGGGUGUGCCAGGGCAGCAGGCCACCGCAGCAGGAAUCGCUGCCGGGACAGCAGCAGGUGGGGCAGCAGCAGGCGGGCCAUCAGGUCCCAUGGGAGGAGGAGGAGCAGCAGCAGCAGGGCCUGGGACUGCCAUGGCUGCUCGCCCGCUGCCUCACGCUCCUGCCGCUGCUGCCCCUGCUGCCGCUGUUGCUCCGGGCGCUCCACAACCCACAUCCGCUGCGCCUGCUGCUGCUGCCCCCCCUGCUGCUGCUGCUGCUGCAGGAGCAGGCGGUGUGAGGCCGCCUGGGCAGCCCCCGCGGUACCUCAAGCUGUGGGAGGGAACACUUAUGGGCCAACGCAAGGACAAGUCUGUUGAGAUCUGCCGCAUGGAGGUGAGAUCUGUCGCAUGGAGCCUGGCAGCAGAAUGGCCGGACACAAUGCAGAUAGUGCGUCUGGUGUCCCAGGAGUGCAUGAACAACAAGUGA